AUGGCGGCGUGGACCUCCGUCGGCCUGGUGGCGGUGGCCGUGCUGGUCGUCGGCAUCGCAAUGCCGGCCUCCGCCGCCGUGCAGCCGCCCGCGCCCGCGCCCUCCAGCGACGGCACGUCGAUUGACCAGGGUAUCGCAUACGUGCUGAUGCUGGUGGCCCUUGUGCUCACCUACCUCAUCCAUCCGCUGGACGCCUCCUCCCCAUACAGGCUCUUCUAA